AUGGAAGACGCCAAUGUCGUUGAAGCUAAUGAUGGAACUAUUUCCGUUGCUUCUGCAUUUGCUGGGUACCAGCAAGCUGUUCAGGAUAGAGAUCACAAAUUCCUGACUAGAGCAGUUGAAGAAGCUUACAGAGGGGUAGAAUGUGGGGAUGGAGGUCCAUUUGGUGCAGUUAUUGUUUGUGAUGAUGAAGUAGUGGUAAGCUGUCACAAUAUGGUUUUGAAGCACACGGAUCCUACUGCUCAUGCUGAGGUUACAGCAAUUAGAGAGGCAUGUAAAAAGUUCAACAAAAUUGAGCUAUCAGACUGUGAGAUAUAUGCAUCUUGUGAGCCAUGUCCCAUGUGCUUUGGCGCCAUCCAUCUUUCCAGAAUAAAGAGGUUGGUCUAUGGAACCAAAGCUGAAGCUUCUAUUGCCAUUGAAUUUGAUGAUUUUUUUUUUUCAGACACCUUGAGAGGUACCGGGUUUUACCAGAAAGCUCACUUGGAGAUCAAGAUGGCUGACGACAAAAGAGGCCAUCAUAAUAGAGCAGGAAUCAAAGUGGAGAUUUUGGGAAAUAUUAAGUGGAUUGAUUAG